AUGGUGUGGGGCAGUAGUUGCAGCGUAGCGCUUCUGCUUUGGCGCCGUUUCCCGUUUGGGCGCUUGGAGAUGGUUCGCCCCAGCAACCCCGGGGCCACUGAUAUUGGAACCGCCUUCAUCUUGCUGUGCAGAGUGCUCCUGUGCCGUUUCCCAAUGGCAGUCGAGGACAAAGCAUCCAAGCAAUCAGCAAAUGAAGAGAAGAUGGAACUUGGACAAGCGCCCAUGUGGACUUGUAGAAGAGUAUCCAUCCGCCUUUCCCCAAGGCAGGUAGAAGGUGUUAGAUGCGUCCUGUGGCACGGCGGUACCGUGGCUCGUGGAAGGUGA